AUAAGAGUCACUAGUCCACCACACCCUCAUUAAGAAGUGAGACACUGCACAAGUAUGCAGACGUUUGCAGACAUUUGUUCAGACAUGGAGAGUGAAAGGAUAAUACAAGAACCUUUGCAGAGCCACUGUGCACUGCCUGUUUUCGGCAUGUGGUGGGCGCCAGUACUUCCUCUGGCCAGAGAAGACUACGCCGAAGUGGUGCAGUGUCAGGAGGAAGAUCCAAAGACUCCUGGUUCCCUCACGCACCCUCUGCAUCGAGCUCUUCUCUCAGCUCAGGAGUCCAUCAAGAGGCUGAGCUGUGAGAACAUCACUCUGAGAGAGGAGAUCGCCAGACUGACAACGAAGGAGCUCAGCGCCUCUGAUGCUCUGGAGGAGUGUCAGAGGAGCAUCUACAACAAGGCCCAGGAGGAGAACAAACAUGUAGAGGUCAGGGUCAAGAAGAUGGAGGAGGGCUUCCUGAAGGACAAGAGAGCCUUGCAAGCCCUGAGCAGACAACAGCUGGGAGAAAUAAGUAAUUUGAGGAUCAAACUGUUGAUUGCUCAGUCACACACAGAGGUGAAAGAACCCAAAAGAGAGCUUUCUGAAGGCAGACGUCAAGUGGAGAGAGACAUCAGCUCUCUUGGAAAAUGUCACUGCGUUCAGAGAGAAGAGAGUGCUGGGAGGCUUUCUGCUGUGGAGGAUCACUGGAGAGAGGUGAUCAAGGUCAAAGAGGAGGAGGCUGCCACCAAACUGAGGGAGUCAGAGGAAAGGUGGCAGAGGAGAGUGAGCCAGCUGGAGGAAGAGUUGAAGGAAAAGAGAAGCUUUGUCUCCAGCUUGAUUGAAAAACUGAUGGCUGCCACAGAGGAGCACAGAAACACUUUGACCCUGUUGAGUAGGAAGCAGUCAGAGCUCCGCCAGAGCAAGAAGGAAUGUGAAAGCAAGUGUAACACUCUGGAGGAGGGCUACAGGAAGGAGCUGACUGCCAAGGAGGAGUGCUGGAGACAGAAGAUGAGUGAGCUGGAGGACAAGAUCACACGGCUCACAAGAGACAACACAGAGCCUCAGGAUCCUACCCAAAGGAGGAAACGUAAGAAAUGGUGGAGGAGAUGCUUCAGAUUUAGAAGGACGAUGCAGCGCAGCACAGCUAGGUCAGGGGAGACUGGUCCACUUCUGGCUCAGUCCAAUCACAACUAGAAUAUCUCCCCCCCUCUUCCUCUCCUCUAUCUUCUCUUGUUCUCUCUUUAAGGGCAGCACAGUGGCUUAGAUUUUAAUGCUGUAUUAAAAUCUAUAAAAAUCAAUAAAAAAAGAG